AUGGCAAGCAUUGAGAAGAGCGACACGCCGACGGCCGCUUUGCCAGACAUCGAUGACGAGAACGCUCUGGAUCCUGCCAACUCCGAGCGCCAGUAUCAUCGCCAUCCACAUACUGGUCUCCAGCGCGAGAUUUGGCGCCCAGGCGAUGGAGACGGCAAUCAGCGCACUGAGUAUUUUGACCGCGGCCAUCCAGUGCCUGCGGAUCAGCGGUGGCGUAUCUUUCAGAGCGAGAUCGGCGAAAUCAGCUGGGUCAAGGAGAACUUUCCGCCCAGAUUUGUGUGGCUCGAUGAUCGCGCCGCAUUCGAAGUCUCUAAGUCAGACAUCCCGAAAGCUAAGAUUCAGCAAUGGUGGCCGCACGACUUCGGCUCGCCAUGCAAGAUCCGGAAGCAUCGAGUACACAUCGGCCGACCAGCUAUCAAAGACGACAGCGCAGAAGGCGAUGCGCGAUACGAGGGUGUCCAACUUGCAGGUAAGGCAGGAACCUACUACUUCACAGGGCAGAAGGACUUCGAGCCCGUCAUCUAUAAGAAGACCCGCAAGCGUGAGCCAACUGAGGAAGAGAUUUCUCGCAAGCGGAAAGCCGAGGAGCUUCUGCUCGAAGAGCAGGAAGAGAGAAAAGCCAAUCCUCGUGCUCGCGGCCACAAUCAAUACACUGCGAGAAACCAAAUGGUCAAGUAUGGUGCCCCAUCACAAAUCAAGAAGCCUGCGAAGGCCCACAAUCUGCCCGCAUUACCGCGAGCAAACAGCCAGAUGCGCUCUACCAACGCACCUUUCUUCGUGGAGAAACGAUUGAUUGGCGGCAUCCAAGACCAGGCCAGAGAUUCUGUCGCACAUGAGGCCAAAAAGGCCGCAGCAGUCGCCGCUCGCUCUGGCAGUGAGGAUUCCACACAAGCUCCUGCAUAUGACCGGAAGUCUGACGUUCCCUCCGCUGUAUUAGCACGGUCUCAACUUCAUGAAUCAGCCGCUGCGACCAAUAAUGACGAUCUUCCGGUAUCGGAACCGAGAGCUGUAUCUCCCGUUCGAGACGUCGACGUUCCGCGUCAGAUGGGCUAUAUCGAGCGUAGAGCUACUGUGCAGAAAGUCGCUGCACAAAUCAUCAACACGGUGCAGAAUCAGGAAGAUGUCAAGCGUCUCACGAAUGAACUUGCGGACGAGAAGGUCAAGGCAGGACAGCAAGCGAAGGAACUCGAGAAGUUGAAGCAACAAUUGGAAAUAUCGGACUCUGCCAUCGAAGAGAUGAAAAAGGCUACUGAAGGAGACCAGACGAUGGUCGCUCAGUUUGAGGUCGUGCUCGACGAAAAGGAGCAAGAGAUUGAGAGUCUCAAGGCUCAGCUAUUGGCUGAGAAGCAAGAGAAAGUUCAGCUCGAGCUGAAAGUUGAUGCACACGAGGCUACGAUCGAAGCUCUCCAGGAUGGCUUGAGGUGA